AUGCAUGCGCAUCAAGUCAAUAUUAAGGCCGUCAUACUGCUCACUACAUUAACCGUGCUGGUGUGGUUACCAUCCUUUCGAGAAUGGAAUCGUAUCUUAAGUUUAAGAAGCAAAGAUCAGCACUAUUUAGACAAGUCAGCACUGAUACGAUCUAAAUAUCUACAGAAAACCAGAGAUACUAUUUAUAAACCUCUCAAAAUGUCUUCACAUACUGCUGCUGAUAAUAAUAAUCUCAUAACUACAUCUAUGGAUAUUAAUAACUUUGAGAAACAAAAUGCAACAUUUGUGAUGCUGGCUCGGAAUAGCGAUGUGAAUGAUGCAGUUGAGGCUAUCAAAUCUCUAGAGUCACGCUUCAAUCACAAAUACCAUUACGAUUGGGCUUUUUUCAAUGAUGUACCCUUUGAUGAAGAUUUCAUCAGGCGUACAACAGAAGUUGCCAGCGGCAAGACUCAAUAUGGACUGAUACCGAAAGAUAACUGGGAUAUACCGUCAUGGAUCAAUAAAACAACGAUGAACAAUAAUAUGAAUAUCUUUAAUGAAGAAAAUAUGCUGUAUGGCUCAUCUAUAUCAUACAGAAAUAUGUGUCGGUACAAUUCUGGAUUUUUCUUUAGGCAGAAAUUACUUGAUGGCUAUGAUUAUUAUAUGAGAGUGGACCCUGAUGUACAUUUUCUUUGCGAUCUUCCUUACGACCCUUUUGAAAUGAUGGUGGUUAACCAUAAGAAAUACGGAUUUGUAAUAACCAUGCAUGAAAUAGGCAGCACAAUCCCUACACUUUGGGAUACUGUUAAAAAAUUUAUAAGUCAACACAGUGACCUAAUCAACAAAAAUAAUCUACUUGGCUUUUUAACAGAUAAGAAUGAUCUUGGAAAGAACAAAUUUAAAGCACACUUCCAAGACGAUUACAAUCUUUGCCAUUUCUGGACUAAUUUAGAAGUUGGUGAUCUGAAUUUUUUCAGGAGUGACAAAUAUUUGAAGUUUUUUGAUUUCCUAGACGCCAACGGUGGGUUCUACUAUGAAAGAUGGGGUGACGCACCUAUUCAUUCCAUUGCAGCAGCUUUGUUCUUAGAUAAGGAUGAAAUUAUUCAUUUUGAAGAGAUUGGGUAUCACCAUAUGCCAUAUUACCAUUGCCCUAUGCCGAAUGCAUUUUGGGAUUCUCACAAAUGCGCCUGUUCUAGAUCUGGUCAAUUCAACGUUAUAAAUAAUGAAAUAAACUGCUUGCCUAGAUAUUGGAAACAUAAUGGUAAAACGUUUGUCAAAGAACCAGGGCAUUUUUGA